UUAUAGCAUUGACAGCCAGCCAAGCGCGUCGGUGGUCAUUUCAGUCGUCCCCUUCUUUGUGAGGUCGAGUGGUGUAUCUGAUUAAACAGCGACCUCAUCCACAGCACCUUUGUGCCGCCGAACCAACUCAACCACGACCUUAAAUCCAGAUGUUCUUCGUCGGCAGAAACAUCUAGAGAUACCAACGCUCGCUCUUUUUUUUUUUCCCCCUCCCCCUCCUCCAAGUCCCUUGGGCUUCAUUCGUCUUUCUCUACCUCGCAUUCUCCUCUUGCCCGCUAUGGAGAAAGUAUCAAGCUUCAUAUCACGGAGGUCCGACUCUUUUCCAAGCAUGAUGUCCGGAAAACAGGAUAUAUACCUACCCAUUUCGACAAAACCUCAACCAAAACUGCGUGUCCGGGCUUUACUUGGACACUGCUUGUACCGCCGGGUGGUUAUAUGGACGCUCGUGGCCAUUGCCUUGCUUGCAAUUACUUUGUUCCAUCCUGGGUUGACACACAAUACCCACAACGUCUUGGAUCUUGUACAAUUAGGAAAGAGCGAUAUCUCCAAGCCUAACUAUCCCACCAAGCUUGACGAGACUGUUGCCUCGCUUGUCAAACAGUCUGGUCAAGGCGAAGAAGCAGAAAGCCCCAAGCAGAGCAAAGACGACAAGGGAGAGUCAUCUUCAAAGGAGGCCACUACAAAAGAACUUGCAGAAGAAUCGCCGAAAGAGAAGAUUGAGACGGAGAAAUCUAAGGAAUCCAAGAAGAAGCAGAAGCAAAAGCAGAGACCAAAAGGGCCCCACUGGCUCGACUACGAUCAUCUGGACGCAUAUUUCAAUGGUCUGCGAUCAUUGGUUUCAUUCUCUGAGUACAAGGCCGAAUAUCCCGUACCAUCAGACGCCACACAGCCCACCGCAGUGGUGUCAUCUGUACAUAAUACCAGACUGCCUACGCCCACGCCGUACAGCCCACACCCUGACUACGACUCCAGCGAGUACAAGAGCCAAUAUCAAAAAGUCAACAAAUGCUACCUCGAUGCAGCCAAUACUAUUCCUGCUCCGGAUGUCCAUGCUUAUGCAGGUGUUCCUCAAGGCCAAGCGAAGCCAGCUAUCGGGUCUUACGAUCUACUUGGCAUUCGUGAGGAUGUUUGCUUUGACCGAUUUAGUCGUUAUGGCGCCUAUGGUCUUGGAUACUCUGUUCAGCAAGGAGGCACUGGAGAAGGCACAGACACGGAGAACGAAGGUAGCCGUACUGUUUGGGAGAAGUCUGGCCAGAUCGAUUGGGAAGGGAUGGACUGGGCCGAUGCUCAAGAGCGCUGCUUCCAGUCCAACAAGCACCGCUUCAACACUGGCAAUGAAACGCUCGAUGCUGAGGAGGCGGCAAAGAAGACGCCCAAGAAGAUCGACCGAACAGCUGUCGUGAUUCGUACUUAUGUCGGUUUCAAGUGGACGGCCCAUGCUCUUCUCAACUUCCGCGCCAUGAUCACCGAGCUCAAUGUGCGAUCCGGAGGUGAAUACGACGUACACUUUUUACUGCAUGUUCGGGACCCCAACACACCGAUCUGGUCGGACCCCGCCACAGCCCAACGAGUGCUUGAUGCCAACGUACCCAAGGAGUUCCACGGCAUUUGCACACUUUGGUCUGAACCUCAGAUGAAACUGUACUAUCCUGGCAAUUUCGGCGACACAUUCGAGAACCCCAGUAACGGCGACAUCCAUGGUGUGUAUCGCAGUGCGCACAUGCCACUACAGCACUUUGCCAACAUGCAUCCAGAGUAUGCGCACUUCUGGAACUGGGAGAUGGACAUGCGCUGGGUUGGAUCGUACUAUGAGCUCUUUGACAGACUUGGCAAAUGGGGUGCUAAGCAAAACCGCAUCGGUAUGUGGGAACGCGCCAGCAAGUAUUACAUCCCCGAGUUCCAUGGCUCGUGGGAUAACUUUACCGAAUUGGUUGAUCAUGAAACCAAAGCCGCUGGCCGUCGUGGUAUAUUGGGCCCUAUUAUCUUCGCUGGGAAGACCAACCUGCAAAACGGCGAAGAGGGUUUCAUGCCUGCAACCUGCUCGACUGGGUCCGACAUGAGCCAGUGCGGCGUGGGCGAGGAUGCCGACCUCAUCACACUAAACCCCAUGUUUGACACCAAUGAUUCGGGUUGGGUGUUUGCAAGCGAUGCCACUGGAUACGAUCUACGAUAUCAACAACCUCCUCGACGAUGUGCCAUUGUGACUGCUUCCCGUCUGUCCCGCCGCCUCCUUUCUGUCAUGCAUGAGGAGACUUGGCGUCUUCACCAUAGCAUGUUUAGCGAGAUGUUUCCCCCUUCGAUGGCCCUUCAUCAUGGACUGAAGGCUGUGUAUGCCCCUCACCCUGUGUACCUUGAUCGCGCUUGGCCUGUCGAAGCCAUUGACAAGAACUUCAACGGUGGACGAGACCGCACGACUGGUGGACACGGUAGCCCCUUCGAUAUUACCAACGAGCACAACCAUAAGGGCUCAUCCUGGUACUACAACAGCGAGUUCGCAGGUCUGCUAUGGCGCCGGUGGCUUGGAUACGCACAGUACGACGGACGUGGCGACGAUGGUGGCCGAGCAAAUGAAGGCUCCAUAAGAGGCGGCCGUGCUGAAGAGGCCAACGAAAACGGUUCUGGCCGUCUAUGCCUGCGUCCCAUGCUGGUACAUCCUAUCAAAUGGGAAAACCCGGCCGAGUGGGAUAGCUAGGGGGUGUCUCAAAGCUCAUUCUUCCGCGAGAAGAUAUUUCCUUUGUUGUUCGGAUCAUACAGGUAGACAGACGCCCAAUCUCUCCUCCUUUCGGGAGAUGACGGGGACUCUGUUUCAUCACCAGCAGCCCAUUACGAGGCCUGCCUCCGAAAGUACAUAUUCACCACCAUCAUUUAUCC